UUUGUGAGAUUUUACAGUACUUUGAAACAUACAUUUUAAUCUGUUUAGGAGAUAAACGGCGGUGGAGCAAGAGAGAGCAAGAGAGAGAGAGAAGGUUUGGAAGAAUCGCGAUGGAGGGUGAGGAAGGAGGAGGCAUAAGGCUGAGCAAGCGAAUCGCAAACGGAGAGGUUGACUACAAGACCAAAUCCGGCACCGCCUGGAGCCACUCCUAUCUCAACCAGAAGCCAUGGCACCCUCUUUCUUACCCCAACCAACGCCGCAAGUGGAUCGCCGAACAGACCCACGCCAAUCGCCAACGCCGCACCGAAGAGGUUUCUCGCGAGUUCGCUCAGGAGCAAGAGUUCUUUCGCCAAACCGCUCUCAUCUCCAAAAAAGAGAAGGAAAAGGUGGAGCUCAUGCAAGCUGUUAGUUUCAUGUACGUUCGUCCUCCGGGCUACAACGCCGAGAGUGCCAAAGCUGCUGAAAUGAACGACGAGAAGAAAAAAGAGGACAUGAGCAAGGGGCUUAGUGCUGAUGAGGGACCUUCCUCUUCCAUGCCGCCGCAGAGUUCCUCGCAUUUGAAUGAAGAGAAGAAGAAACCGAGGCCCAAGGAUGUUUUCGGGCGGCCUCUUCCGACUGAGGAAGAAUUCGAAGUUCUUAAAAAUGCGCCUAGGCUGGAAACAGGAGCUCCUGCCAGGGUGAAACCUUUUGGAAUUGAAGUCCGUAAUGUAAAAUGCUUAAGAUGUGGGAACUAUGGUCACCAAAGUGGUGAUCGUGAGUGUCCCUUGAAGGAUGCUAUAAUGCCUAAUGAGGAAAGCAGAUUGAAAAGAGAUGAUCCAUUGAAUGCUAUCCUUGCCCACACGGAUCCUACUGAGCCCCUAAAAUGGGAGCUCAAGCAAAGGCCUGGAAUCAGUCCUCCUCGAGGAGGGUUCAAACCAGAUGAUCCAAACCAGCAGAUAGUUGCUGAGGAUGACAUAUUUGAUGAGUAUGGAGGUUUUCUUAGUAUGGAUAAUAUCCCCGAGUUAUUAACCAACUUUUCUAAGAAACCAAAGAAGUCCAAAAAGAGCAAGCACAAAAAGCAGCUACAAUUAAAUUCAGAUAGUGAAGCAUCAUCGGAUGAUGGAGAGAGGAGGUCUAAGAAAAAAAAGGUUAAGGUAAACAAAAAGAAGCGAGAUCGUGCUAGGUCAAGUUCAUCAGAAACUUCAGUCUCUGUAGAAGGUCAUGGAAAGAGCAGACACAAGAGUUCCCAUUCUUCAGAAGAUUCAGACAGUUACUGGAAUGAUCGAAGUAGGACUAAACGAGAGCGUUCCUUUUCAUCCAAAGGUUCUGACCAUUCUAGGCAUGGUAGGAGUAAACAUAACAGAAGAAAGCAUGUUUAUUCAUCUGAAGAUUCUGACAGUCAGAGGGAUGAUCAAAGUAGAAAGAAUAUACAAAAGCAUAAGAGCAAAGAUAGCAAAAAAAGACAUUCAUAUUCAUAUGAGAAUUCUGGUCCUGCCCGUGAUCAUGCUGAUAACAAGAGCAGGGAUGCACUUUCUUAUUCAUCUGAUGAUUCUAAUCAUCAAAGACAACCCAAGGUUAAGAGGAGCAGCCUGAAGCACUCAUCAACUGCCCAUUGUGAUUCUCAAAAGCAUGACAGAAAUUAUGGUUUUGAUCGCUACCAAGGAGAUCAGAGCAGAGCUGUGUCUGAAGAUUCUGAUGUCCACAAGGAUGAUCAAAAUAGAAGAAUGAAACAAAAGUAUCGCCAUACACCCAAGGGUUCUGAGCAUCCUGAAAGUGAUAUGGAUAAACAGAACAGAAAAAAGCAGUGUUAUUCAUUGAAGGAUUCUAGUGCUGCUGAUGGAUAUCAUAGAAGUGAAAAAAGUAGAUAUUAUGAGCAUUCUUAUUCAUCUGAUUAUUCUGAUCAUCGUGAGAAACAUCAUAAGUCAAGAAGGAGCAGCUACAAGUAUUGAAUAGUUCAUUGCAACUGUCAAGCAUCACAGAAAUUAUUAUAGAAGGCGGAGUAGAUCUUCGUAAGGGAUGCCAAAAUAGAAAACACCAAUGUCAUCGUUUUGGCCAGUGUGUCCAUAUGUCUAUUAAGUUGUUUAAUGUAUUAAAGAAGAAGUGUAAACAUUUCAUUAAAAAAGAGGAAGUAAAAAUUAGUGCACCAUGAAGUCGUUGUAUUAUUUGUGUUGUUUUCCACAUUGCCUUCGUGUAAAAGAGUUGGCAUACCCUUUUUUAUUUAUUUCCUCCUUUUAAUAAAGGAUUUUCUUUUUUUGCUCU